AUGUCGGCCUUCGGUGGCUCGUCCCGCAAGGAAAACGCCGAGAAGCAUCAUCGUACAGCAUCGGCCUCGAUAGCGUUGAACAAUUCCCCGCCCAGAUACGAUACUCUAUCUCUCGAUACGCCUUCACCGAUCGAUGGCUCACCAUUGCAGUCAACGACAAAAGCAGAACGGCGGAUGUCACGCCCGGCAUCGACCAUCUUCACACAUGAUCCCCCGUUCAUGGAACUGUCAGAAGAUACUCCACCUGAACUGCAGCCUAUAUUCACCUUUCUCAACAACCAUGCAAACAAACUGUACCACGAAGGAUACUUUUUGAAGUUGAAUGAUCUGGAUAACCAUGGCCGGCCUUAUUCUGACAGACAGUGGGUCGAAUGCUAUGCCCAGCUCAUUGGAACGGUGCUUUCAGUAUGGGACGCUGCUGCGCUGGACGCAGCAGCAGAGGGAGAAGAAGUCCCAUCGACAUUCAUUAACCUGGCAGAUGGUUCCAUCAAAGUGGCGCAGAUCGAGACAUUACCUACCAGAAAUCAAGCGAUGGAGCCGCUCAAGAAUGUAUUGAGCGUAUGCUCUGCCGGCCAAAAUCGGUAUCUCCUACAUUUCAAUUCGUUUCAUUCGUUGACACAGUGGGCAUCGGCCAUUCGUCUGGCUUUAUUCGAGCAUACCUCUUUAUAUGAAGCCUACACGGGUUCAAUCAUCGCUGGCAAAGGCAAACAUCUCAACAACAUCCGUUCGAUUUUGGACCGCAACCGAUUCAAGCAGGAAGACUGGGCCCGUGUCCGAUUUGGAGCAGGGACACCAUGGCGACGCUGCUGGUUUGUCAUCACCCCUCCUAACGAGAAAGAAUAUCAGAAGGCCCAGAAGUCACUGAAGAAGUCCGCCUACGACCGGGCUCCAAAAAUGAUCACCGGGGAUAUUAAGUUCUAUGACACAAAAAAGACCAAGAAAGCCAAACCGAUCGCGACUAUCACCAAUGCCUACUCUGCCUAUGCCAUAUACCCCCAGUCCAAAGCUCUGAUUGACCAAUCGACACUCGUCAAAAUUGAAGGCACCGUUACAAUCCAUUCACAGCCGGAAUCGGCUUCUGAGGGAUUCGUCUUUGUUAUGCCCGAGGUGCAUCCCGCCAUUUCUGGUUUUGAGAUGAUGGUUCGCUUCCUCGUUCCCACCUUCGAUACCUUCAACCUCUACGGACGGCCGACACGUCUCAUUGCCGCAACAAACCAUAUUAAGAGCAUCAUGUUCGCAUUCCCGAACCAUCAGCGCUACGGUUACCUGGACAUCUUGGAUGUCGCGAAUCUGAUGCAGGUGCCCGGCAGCCACGACUGGACCGAGGCGGAGUGGAGAAAACAGCUGAAGGAUGCGACAGCGCGCCAUAUGGCCGCGGUGGGUAGCAGAACCAGCAGUAUCUCUUCCAAGAAGCCGCGCUUCAGAGCUAGCCUUCCAAGCCGGUACAGUAACGUGUCCGCUGGUGUUUCUCGUCUCAAUGGGCUACCCGAGAGUCGACCUGAAUACAACCAGUCCGCGGAUACCAUCCUUCAUGAAUCACCGAAGGAGGAUUCCCUUGCCUCAGCUUACCAUGCCCGAGGCUCUUCGGAUACAACUGGUAUAAAUUUCAUUCGUAAACGGGCGCAGACUUCGGCCUUGGAGAGCUCCCCAUCAUCCUCCGAUCAAGAUCUGGCCCCAAGUGAACGGGGCCUGACUGGUACUACCCGUGUCAGCGAUCGUAGCAGUGAGAACGACUGGAAGCUGCAUCCAGACCCUGAGGCCGAAGCCAUUGGGGAGGAUCUCCGCCCUCAAUCUCCUCCUGACCCUGUUUCGAUGCCACCCGCAUUUAUGCAUGCUCCCGGAGACACUCCUUCUCAUCGGCCGCUGCCUUCGCCGGAUCUAAGAAAGAUGAACAACAGAAUGUCGGACACUACCCUCACUCAGCUCGCUGCUGCUGGGAAAAUGAGUAUGGCCAGCUUGGCCUUGCAUGCGUCGGACCGUUCUGGGAUCCAGGAAUCUGACGAAUCAACUCAACACGUGUCAACUGCACAAAACAUCUGGUCCUUGGGGUCUGACAGCACUGACAGCUCGUCAAAUUCAAGCCGUGAGGCACUCAAAUCUCAAGAGCAGACUCCCCCAGCCACCGCAAACCCCAACAGCGUCUUUGGUCCGCCACUGGUCAAGCCAACCGGAAACAAUGUCUCUGCAGAUCCCGUAAAAGUCGUGAAAAGGAAACCAUUGCCCUCACAGCAGCCCAAGGAACUGGACUCUCAGAGCCCCGCCGAGCCCACCUACGAUGACCUCCGCCACACGGUGGACGAGGAAGUUCUGAACUGGGUCACAUCACGUCAGUUGUCGUUCCCUUCGACUGAUGAAGAUCGCCAGGUCGAUGACGAGAGCGUUUACGACGAUGCGUCUACAACGUCCCCUGACUACGCUAGUACCCACGAGUCGGUUUAUAGCAAGAAGUCUGUACGCUCCACGAAACCCAGAAUGGGGGUAAUGAAAACCGUCGGAAUGGAGCCCAAGAAAGACCUUGUCAUUGGGGAUGCACACUACUCGCUCGACCAGGAAUCGCGAAACAACUCUGACAUUCCAACCGUGGAUUUUGGACCAACGCUCACCUAUCUGCCGACCACUGGACGGCCGAGCACAUCAGAUACUCUGAAGAAAUCCGCACACCACAGGACUGAUUCCGAUGCAACGGAGAAGCAGCGAUACGCAGUGCCUACUCAUCUGAAGGACCUUCCUCAUUCCCGGUCUCCCAGUCAGGACGAAUUUCGUCGCAGCAUGUUGUGGCAACCUGGCAUGGCUGCUACACGCCCAGUCACCCCUGGCGGUCUAACACCAGAACAGUUUGUCCAGCAACGCGCAGCUCCCAGCCCGCCAAUCCAAGUACAUCACCAUCGCACAACCUCUACGACGCCUCCACCGCGGAGACCACUCUCCGGUGACUGGAUGGCACAUACCCGCUCUCAGUCUCAAAUGACAGUCCCCAGAGAACCUCAUCCCCGACCUCGUUCCCGUGGUGCCAGUAGCAUGCUGAAUUAUAACGAUAUCUCAUCUCAUCUCUCCGCUCGGGAGCAGGAGCAUGUAGCUCGUAUGACGGGAUCCUCCUUCUUCAAUAUCUCUAGCGAGAAGAGCAAACAGUCGCCUCCCGUCGACCCCAUGGGCCUUGUGGGUGCGAUCGACGCUCGUGAGCGGGAGAAGAAGCACAUCAAGGAAGGAAUGUCGAACCAGAUGGUGCAACAUGCGAUCGCGCAGCGCCAACAACAUUGGCAGCACCAGCAGCUCGCUAUGACACCACCAGCCAACUACGGGCUGCAAAGCGGUCAGCACAGCAGUGUUUACAACCUUCCCGCCGCGAGUCACACUUGGGAUGCCCUCAACCAGUCGUACCACGCUGAUGAGCCACGACGUCAAUCUUGGUUUGGGCCAUACAAUCAACCACCGCAAACACCACCCAUGUAUCCACCAACGCAGCCUGUUGCCCAACCUACUGGGUAUUUCAGCAAUGGGGCUCCUAUGCAAUAUUAG